AUGUCAUCUACUCAGUUCCUACGGGAAUACAAGCUCGUCGUCGUCGGUGGAGGUGGUGUUGGAAAGAGUUGUCUCACCAUUCAACUCAUCCAAAGUCAUUUCGUUGAUGAAUACGACCCUACGAUAGAAGACUCCUAUCGCAAGCAGUGUGUCAUUGACGAUGAGGUCGCGCUUCUGGAUGUCCUCGAUACCGCCGGUCAGGAGGAAUACUCAGCCAUGCGCGAGCAAUACAUGCGAACAGGUGAAGGUUUCCUUCUCGUCUACAGCAUCACAUCACGACAGAGCUUCGAGGAAAUCAUGACUUUCCAACAACAAAUUCUCCGCGUCAAGGACAGAGAUUACUUCCCCAUCACCGUCGUCGGCAACAAGUGCGAUCUAGAGCAUGAGCGACAGGUCUCCACAGAGGAGGGUCGUGCGCUCGCCGAGUCAUUCGGCUGCAAAUUCAUCGAGACAUCGGCCAAGUCGCGCAUCAACGUCGACAACGCUUUCUACGACAUCGUCCGCGAGAUCCGCAAAUUCAACCGCAACUCGGGAUACAACGGCACCGCCGGGUCAGCAAACCGAGCUCGGGAAGAGAUGGGCAUUGAGGGACAAGAGAAAGAGCCUGGAUGCUGUGCCAAAUGUACGAUCAUGUAG